AUGAAUGCACUUAGUUCCAAAUAUGCUGGUCAGAACUUCACAAUCCUUGGUUUUCCUUGCAACCAGUUCAACAAGCAAGAACCAGGGGCCAAUGGAACAGAAAUCAUGAAUGGGAUAACCCAUGUUCGCCCUGGUUUUGGAUUUGUUCCCAAGUUUCCAAUCUUUGAGAAGAUUGACGUGAACGGGGACAACGAGCACAAGCUCUUUACAUACCUGAAGCGAAACUGUCCGCCCACAAAAGAUGCCUUUGAUCCAGUACUUUUAUUCUACCUGCCGAUCCGGGGUAGUGAUGUUGCCUGGAACUGGGAAACUUUCCUUGUGGAUGAAAACGGACGGGUAAUUCAUCGGGCUGCUCCAGCCACAGAUCCGGAAUCUUUGUCAGCUGACAUAGAUGUGGCUUUAUCCAAAGCCAAAGGCAAUUCACAGCAAACUGUUGUUGGUUAG